UUUUUUAUGUAUGUGUUUUUUCUCAUGUUAGACGAGUUUGUAAUAUGGUUGCCCAUCACAUUGCUAAGUGGGAUAUCGGAUCUAGUGAUAAACUUGUUUGUAAGGGACCAUUUCCUCAGAGUAUUAUCACUCUAGCGGAACUGGAUUUAAUUUAAUAAAAUGCUCUUGAUACCUUUUCCUCAAAAAAAAAAAUUUAUUUGGUUUUUUUUUUAAAAAUUAAAGAAAAGAGGAGAAUCUAAUUAAAAUAAAUAAAUAAAAAAAAGAAAAAAAAAGGGUGGAGUUUUAAUGUUUUAUAGAUUUCACUUUUUGCACGGUUUAGCUUGUUGCCUUGUUGCACUAUAAAAAAAACGAAGUAUAACCAUUUGAAGUUAUAAAGGAAAUUGCAUCCCUCUCUUUCCUCUCUCAUCCCCCUCCUUUUCUAUCUGUUGCCUGCUCUCCUCCCUCCAUUGAAGCAGCUUCUGAGGUACAACCACCGGAAUUAUGAAAAUGGGAUUAAUUUCCGUUGGCCGACAGCGGCCGCCCCUGUUGCCCUGGCUCAAAGACGGACCUGGCUAUUACAUCUGUAACCUGAAUAGGUUGCGGUAUCCCUCUUUCUUGGCAAAGGUUAAUAUUGUUCACUAUCCCUCAAUCUUCGCAAGGGUUAAAAAUGCAUCUCUGAGGGCCAAUAAUGGGAAAGAAGAGCAAGCUAUAGUUUCAUUCCCUGAUGGCAAAGCUUUUCAAGAAGAGGCAACAGAAGAUGGUGAAAAUGCAAAAGAGGAAGGUGACCUUGACAAAUUAGAUAAUCAGAAAAUGAUCCGUGUUUGUGACAAGUUGAUUGAAGUUUUUUUAUUGGACAAACCAUCUCCAACUGAUUGGAGAAGGUUGUUAAUUUUUAGCAAAGAAUGGAGUUCUAUCCGACCCCACUUUUUUCUGCGUUGUGAGGAAAGGGCAGAGAGUGAUGACAACCCUGAAAUGAAACACAAGCUACUUCGGCUUGGAAGGAAGCUGAGAGAGAUUGAUGAAGAUGUCCAGAGAGCUAAUGAACUUCUCGAGGUAGUGAGAGGAGCCUCAGAAAAUAUCAGUGAAGUAGUUGCAAGGCGUCGUAAAGACUUCACUAAGGAGUUUUUUGAGCAUCUUCACACUGUUGCAGAAUCUUAUUAUGACAAUCCUGAGGAGCAAAAUGCUCUGGUAGAGCUUGGGAAUAGGUGCUUAUCUGCAGUACAAGCUUAUGAUACAGCUUCUGAAAGCUUAGAGGCUAUCAGUUCUGCCGAAGUGAAGUUCCAGGACAUUAUCAACUCUCCCUCUUUAGAUGCUGCUUGCAGAAAAAUAGACACCUUGGCUGCGAAGAAUGAACUUGAUUCCGCCCUGGUUUUGAUGAUAACAAAAGCUUGGUCUAGUGCCAAAGAAUCAAACAUGAUGAAAGAUGAGGUGAAGGAUGUGUUAUAUCAUUUGUACAAGACGGCAAGAGGUAAUCUUCAGAGGCUAAUGCCAAAGGAGAUCAGGAUUGUGAAAUAUCUUCUGACAAUUGAGGAUCCUGAGGAGAAACUUUCUGCUCUACAAGAUGCAUUUACUCCUGGAGAAGAGCUUGAAGGGACAGACGUUGAUAACUUGUACACGACACCAGAGAAACUACAUACUUGGAUAAAAGCUGUGGUGGACGCAUAUUAUUUCAGCCAAGAAGGAACAUUAAUUAGGGAGGCAAGGGAUUUGAUGAAUCCGAACAUUAUCCAGAAGUUGGAAGAACUAAACAAAAUUGUUCAGGAUAGGUUUUUGUAAGUAGAUUAAAAUGUAGCUCAAACACUGUCCAAGAUUGCAUCUCAUUAACAAUGUGUGUCCAUAUCCUAAGCAGCUCUAUCUCUUUUGAUUCUAUCCCAUCCACAACGAAAGAAAAAAGAAAUGUAAUUACUCAUGACUGUACUAAUAUAAUUUCGUCUCCCCUAUUGGAGUUCAUUAGUUUAGUACUCCGUAUCCUUUUAUAUUGGUUAUCUCAUUUUGUAAGAUAAAUUAAGUGCAUUUGGUUCUGUAUA